AUGGCUUUGGAACUCAGGGCUCUGUGUCUGAGCAGAAACACAGCAAUAGAGAUGGUAAGAGACAGAGGAUACACGACAACACAGGAGGUACUGGCCUUGGAUGGAUUCCACGAGAGGUAUCCGCUUGCCCUCACAAAGAGAUCAACUCUGAACUUUGUCUGUGUGAAUGUGGACAGGCCUGUUGCCGUACACUUUGGAGAUGACGAAAAGAUGGGCAAGAAGGCAUUCGAGGGGCUUCUGUCCCAAUAUGAAAAGGAUAACAUGUUCCAUCUAAUUCUGAUCCUCCCGCAGCUCCCAAGCCCCACAGUGAUGUCGAUGAUACCUUUGACCCCGAGGUUCAGCAUCGAGAUCUUCCUGGUUGAAGAGCUGAUAUUCAACAAGACAAAGCACUCGUGGGUUCCUCCACACAGAGUUCUGUCCCGGGAGGAGCGCGAAAGCGUUUUCAGGACGCUGAAACUCGGCCCUGGAGAUCUCCCCAGAAUCCUGAAAAGCGAUGUGAUUGCAAGAUACUACGGGGCAAAGCAGGGGGAUGUCGUGGAGAUAACCAGGAGAUCGAAAACGGCUGGAGAGUCCAUCUACUACAGAGUCGUUGUUGAUAAGCAGAAAUAA